AUGGCUCCCAUCGUCAAAGACGUCCACGAUGAUCAAGCUUAUUUUGUCAAAGGUCUGAUCGAUGAAGAGCUUACCAUGGAGGAUGGUUUCGAAUCAUACUUGUUCAGCGUGGGCGAAUACAACAAUGCAGUGGGUACUCCAUUCAAAUUACCCCAUGAUCCUGAUACUGUCUGUGUUCUGAUAAUAAGUACGCCGAACAUGUUCGAUGUUUCGUUCAAAAGAUGGAUUCAGACGAAAUUCAAAGAGUUGGGAUCACUCGAAGCAGUCUCGGAGGCGGUCAGCUCUCCCAUCCAGGAGUUCCUCCAAUCGCGUCUUGAACCUGUUUGUGAGAAAUUUGACUCAAUGAAUAUGGACUACGAGCUUUUGCAUGAUCAUUCACUUUGGCCAAGUCGUAAACCGAAGAUACUAAUGCAAACCUGCGGACACGUAGCCGUUGUGAUUAAGAUGAAAUUCGUACACACUUCAACGUUCCAAUCUUUCAGAGACUUUGGAGGGCCACGUAAACGCUAUUCAGUCACGCAAAUGGAGUUUUUCGGUAGACCACCUGCUGAGAGGUGGUCUGUGUUGAAGGAGUGGUGCGAAGAAUAA